UUUUUUUAAAGAUAUACCGGCUAUUAUAUACGAAUGUAACGAGUCGAAUCGGAUCAGUUCUUUCGUGGUCGUGUGCAUGGUCAACGUUGCGAUGAAGUGGAUUAUUUCUCAAUAACUGUGUCUGUUUGUGUGUGCCAGUUGAUUUAUAUGGACCGCGAGAUUCCAUGGUGUGUGUCGAAGAAAGUAUAAUUAGUUCAAUAAGAAGGUAGCAGUAGGGUUCACUGUGAACCGCUUCAAAAUGACGAAGUCACUUAAAAUGGGAUACAUUACUAAAGGAAGUUCAGAACAGAAGAAUGCAAAACUUCAGAUGUUCCUGUGUUUGGUGCUCGGAAUGACCUGCCUCUCCGUGGCACUCUGCACUAUGCUCGUGGACCCAGUCCGCAUCAUUUCUAUUUAUUACGCUCGCGUGGGCCCCGGCACCCUCCUGGACGUGGCGCUGAAGAAGGAGACCGACAGCAUCCACCUCUCUGCUUACCUCUUCAACAUCACCAACGCUGACCGGUUCGCCAGCGGAGAGGAUGACAAGCUGAACAUGGAGGAAGUUGGGCCUUUUACUUAUCAAGAGAACCGCACGAAUGAUGACAUGGAGAUAGACUUGGAUGCUGGAGUGGUGCGGUACACUCCUCGGCACAGGGUCACCUUCCUGCCCGAGGAGUCUGUUGGGAGACCAGAGGACAUGGUACUCACCAUGCCCAAUAUUGCUAUGCUGAGCAUGGCAUCAGGAGUAUCCUCCUACGGGUAUUUCGCGAAGAUGGCGUUCAACGUGCUCACUGCUCGGCUGGGAAGCAAACCCACAGUCAGCAUAACAGCGCACGACUACCUGUGGGGCUACAACGAGCCACUCAUCAGUCUUGGGAACAGCAUCCUGCCUGGAUGGAUCAAUUUUGAUACCUUGGGAGUUCUGGAUAGACUGUACGAUGAGAAGGCGCCUCUCAGGGUGGAGGUGAGCGCUCACAACGACGACAAGUUCAUGAUCAAGUCCGUCAACGGUGUCAGCGGGCUGCCGAACUGGGGAUAUCCGGAAACUAGGUCAUCAUGCAACAGUUUCAACAACAGCUACGAAGGCAUCAUAUACCCGCCAGACAUGUCUGCCGAGAGACCUCUGAAGAUCUACCGCAACGUCCUCUGCCGGUUCAUGGAGCUGGAGUACGUGGAGGAGAAGGUCACGGAGUAUGGAGCCACCGGCAUGAGCUUCCAGAUCACCAACAACAGUUACAGCAAGAUCCCUGAUAAUGAGUGCCUCUGUGCCAAGGGGAUCUGUCAUGAAGGGAUCUCGGAUCUCUCACCUUGUUUUUAUGGUCUACCAGUUGUUCUGUCAAACGCUCACUUCAUGGAUUCGAACCCCCUGCUGUACGACCGCAUCGAGGGUAUGAAACCUGAUAAGGAGCAGCAUGGCAGCGAGUUUAUGAUAGAUCCUAUAAUUGGUCUCGUGAUGGCGACGAAGUUCUCGGUGCAGGUGAACGUGAUGCUGCGUGACGUCAGCUUCAACUCCAAGCUCGCCAAGUACUCCGACAUGUUCGUGCCCAUCGUCAACAUCAAAAUUGUUCAACCCAAAUUAGCAGACGAUCAAAUCACAACGCUUCGAUUGAUGCACGUCUACGGGCCAUACAUACUGCUAAGUGUCCAGGUAGUCUUGGUACUAUCUGGACUCCUCCUUCUAGCACAUUCUGCAAGACUUCUCUACGGGAAUUGGAUAUCUUCUAGAAGAAAAUGCAUGGGAUUCACUUGUGAAAAAAUUAACGUAAAAGAAACUUUAAGCACUGAGCCGCUUAUGAAUAGAUAACACUUUAGGACAGCGCCAUCUGUUAGAAGUUGCUAGAACCAAUAUGACAAAUUAUUGUAGAACAUUUGUAACGAAAUAAAUCACGCUCUUGAAUAUACAUUGUAGGUGUAUAUUGUCAAGUUAUGAGCAUGGGUUUAUUUCGUAAAUGGAAAUAAAUAGACGCUUAGCCAGCCGCCAUUAUUGUACAACUACAUGAGCUAACGUGUAGUAAAAUCAUGCCUUUAAUGUAAGACUGUAAAUAGCUAUGUAUAGGAAAAAAAAUAAGUAAAGGUUUUAUGGAAAAGUGGCGUCGGUGAGGUUCAUUCUCAUCUUCCCCUACAUGUUUUGUCAAAUGGGGAAAAGGGAAUUUUCUUUGCAUCUUCCUCCGAACAGAAUUUGUAAUCGGAAAUAUUUUUAAUAUUUUUGUAUGCCAAUGCUUCAUCCAAAUGUCGUGUUUGUUUCAUUUAACCCACAUUCU